AUGAUAGAGUCGAAAUAUGAGAGCCAUAAGCCUUCUUACUACAAGGUAUGGGAUUCAAAACAAAAGGCGAUUAGAAAGAUGUUUGGGAAUUGGGAAGAGUCUUACCAAAGGUUGCAAAAGUUGCUAAUGACAUAUAUUGAUCAAGAUCCGACUACCCAGGUGAUCUAUCGUACCGCACCCACCAGUGAAGAUGACACCGUAUUUUUGCAUUAUGUGUUUUGGUCUUUCGGUCCAUGCAUUGAUAGAUUCAAAUAUUGCAAGUCGGUUAUCAGUAUUGAUGGGACCUAUCUGUAUGGUAAAUAUCAAGAAAAGUUGUUGGUCAUAAUGGCAACUGACGCUAACAACAAGGUAUUCCCUUUCGCCUUUGUUGUUGUGGAUUGUGAGUCAAGGUCCAGUUGGAGGUGGUUUUUACAAUGCCUCAGAGAUACGAUUGACCACAUGAUACCUGACGAAGACAUUUGCAUAAUUUCUGACCGAAAUCUCGAACUCGACUCUAAAGUUAGCAGCGUUGAAAGCGGGAUAUGCUAUUCAGGAAGUAAAAUUGAUACCAUAAUGGAGUCCAUUAAGCAAGUGGAAAUUGAGGCCAUUAUGAAUAAAAAGAAGGUGAUGGGGAAGGAUAGCAAGGAAAAGGAUUUUCUUCCAUACACAUACCUAGUGAGCAAGUCUGUGGAUAUGUGGACCCAGUCACAUGAUGGUGGGAAAUAUUUUGGGGUAAUGACAACCAAUAUAUCAAAGUGCUUUAAUGGUGUACUGAAAGGUGCACGGGGCCUUCCUAUUGCCGCAAUGAUUAAGUUCACUUGGUCCAAACUUGUUGAAUAUUUCUACAACCGGCACAAAGAAAUUACUUAUAAGUUGUUGGAGGGUAAGAAAUUGAGUACAUAUGCCUUCUCCAUGUGA